AUGAACAUCAAUACAUCAAUACAAUUUGGAUGUCUUUCAAGUGUCGUUUUCAGUGGAUUAUUACUUUUUAUUAGUAUUAACAUAACUCUACUGUUCAGUACAGUUAGCGCCAGUUUGCAGAUAAUACCACAUUUUACGGGCCUACCUCCAUCUAUCUCCCAGUUUGUAUAUCCAUCAAGUGAUGGUGUUAGCUUCCCACCACUUGAACUUGUCUGUCGAGCAUGGCCAGCAAAUUCAAAACUGCAUAUACUGGCUCAACAUCAAGCAACGUCAUCAGUACUGCCAGAUCAAACCUUUGGCUUAAAUCCUAUCGUGUCAACUUCAUUGAUUGUUGGUAAUCCUAAUAGUAAUAAUAAUAAUAUCAACAACAAUGGAUUAGUACAUCUUCCCCAAGGUCUUGGAAGUCAACGUCAUGCUAUCCUAUCUGCUGAACAAAUCACGUCUUCUUCUUCUUCGCAUCAUCUCCCAAACUCAGAUGGCAAUUUAUUGUUGUUAACUGGCAACCCUGGUAGUCAUCAACAGUCUCUGAAUCAGCUGAUUAUUUAUGAGACGGCAGCUGAUGCUAUUCGUGACAAUCCCGCAGCUACAGCACACGAUGAAGUUGCUAUUCGUUUGAUUGUCUCUAGUCAACGAGAAUUAAGUCAAAUGGAAUUGAUGAAACUUCAUUGUUUAGUGUCUACUUCAUUUGGUCGGAAAUUAAGUGCACCAUUUCGUGUUCUACCAGCUACUUUAGGCUCAUUUCCGCCUUCAAGAACCUCUGGAGGAGCUUCUGCUACAUCUCAUACUGAAAAUGUAGAAUUUCUACAUGGAAAUAUAGCCAUUGUUGACUGUUAUUUACCUGUAAACAGUUACCCAAAGCCUAUAAUUCAAUUUGAGUUAAACAAUACUGUUAUCGAUCUAACAGCUAUGAAAAAUGAAAAAUAUCGUCAAAUUACUCGUGCAGAUGGAAAACGUGUCAGUUUGUUAAUACAAAGUUUUCAACCACGUGAUUGUGGUAUCUACAGAUGUGCAGCUAUUAAUCCUUUGACGAAAGAAAAGAAAUAUUCACCGGAUUCAGUGAAUUUAAAGAUUAUUUUUCCAGGUGGUCCUGUCUCUGGAAAAAUUCGUGUUCCAAUGGCUUCGGAAUCAAGUGAUCCGAGGAAUGCAGCUGCAUCACAAGAGAUAACUGUUAGGGAGGGUCAAAAUGUCUCUUUAUUCUGUAUUAUACAAAGCGCACCGCCACAAACAGUAACCACUUAUCCAUUUGAACCUAAUAAAACUGCUCAAAAUCGAUUUCAUCGGCACAAUCCAUUUGGUCUACUGGAAAUAACAAAUGUCCAACCAAGCGAUGCUGGUAUCUACAUAUGCACAAAUCAUCAGCUAAGUUCUACAACUCAAUUGCGUGUACAAAGACGUUUACGGUUAACUACAAAACCACAAGAUGUUUUUAUUCAUCGUUUCGGUGAAACUGUUCAAUUCAAGUGUACUUCAUCAAAUGAUCAAGUUAUCCCUUACUGGUUAUUUAAUGGACAGCCAAAAAUCACGGGAAUUGGAAAAAAUAAUACAUUAACUAUCACGAAUGUCACUGAGUAUGAUAUUGGAAUUUAUCAGUGUAUAGCGCAUCGAUGGGAUCCAGAACCUGAUCUAGAAGAGUGGGUAUCUGCAUCAGCUAUUCUAGCAAUGCAUUCAGACAAGAUUAUUCGUACAGCUCAGGAAUUAUCAGCGCUAUUACCAACACCUAAGCAUACAAGACUAGAAGAAACUCCUCCAGAAAUUAUCACUGAUAGUUUAACACCAAUCGCUGAACCAGUCUAUGAUAAUUUAGCGGUAUAUAUGACAUGGAAAGCCUACACGAAACCAGAAUUACAAUCAUCGGAUGAAGGUACCGCAACCAGCACCGGCACCACCACCUCUACGGACAAUGCUGGACAAAUCACCUAUCGUGUUGAAUAUUCAAUGCAAAUUAGUCCUGUAGAAAGGCAAUAUUUAAUGAUGAAUAAUGCUCAGGAAAAUAAUAAUAAUAGUACUAGUGGCAGUAAUAUUGAGAAUAAAACCGCCUCAGAUUUAUCUGAUUUACGCGCUUUAAUUGGUUUAGUUGGCUAUGAAGCGAUACGUUGGAGUGAACCAACUGCACUGAAUCAACAGUUUUCAUCACCAUAUGCAUAUGCAACUGGUGAUCCACUCGAACCGGGUAGACGUUAUCGUUUCCGAGUGAUUGCGCUAGAUCCCUCAACUGGUCUGCAUUUAGUCCCACCAUCAGGUUGGUCAAAUAUAGUCAGUAUGGAGCAUAUAAGUCAAGCGGAGCCACCACAGAUCAAGGUUGUACGACCUAUGUCGGAAGGUCGCAUUCAUGUUGUUUGGAUGUUCAAUGGCAUAGGUGGACAACAAAAUCCAAAUGAUGUGAAUGUCUUGUCCAAGUCAAGUUCUUCAUCAAAUAAUAAUAAUAACAACAAUAAUGAUAAAGAGAAGGAGAAGACAGGACAACACACCUCAUCUACAGUGGAUACAUCAUCUAGUGCUGUUGGCGCUGGAGAUGUUGGAGGCGUCGGCGGCAGCACUAGUGGUUCAUUAUUAUUUCCUAAUGAUCUGAUAAACAAAGGCGGUGAUGAACAACAAUUUAUUGCUGAUCAUUUUCUUAUUCUUGCUCGACCUGUUAUUAAACCAAAACGUGGAUCUGGUGGUUCAAUUGAAUAUGGAGCGUAUUGGGCUACACAAGUCAAUGGAUCUAAUGCUAGGGAUGGAUUGUUGACCGGCUUGAAUAAUACUGCCAAUUAUCAGAUAAUUGUUUAUGGUGUCAAAGGGACUGGUGAUAAACGACAGAUUACACGUUUCUCGAAAGCUGUCUAUGUAAAUAUGGCUUCAACUGAUUAUACUGGUCGUUAUAGUCUAUUGGAUACAUUGAAUAAUAAUCGCCUAUUGUAUAUUAUAUUAGGCGGUAUAGCUGGUCUAAUGUUUCUUGUCAUGUUUAUACUUAUUCUGCUGUGUUUAUGUCGUCAACAUCAAGACCGUCGGAUACAUGGUCAACGUAAAAAACAAAAUGGUUAUGUCCAUGGUUAUAAAGAUUCACCAGAUUUUCGUACCACCACGACAGAUGGCAUGAAUAACCCUCAGUUAACAACACAUAAUCAUAAUAUGAAUACAAAUACUACUCCAGGUAAUAUGACUAUCAGUAAUAACACUAAUAAUGCUAAUAAUCAAAAUGCAACAACAAAUCCAGCAAUUCCAAUGAAUGAACAAGGCGUUAACCCCGCGAAUAUGAUGAUGACACCGACAAUGAUGAUGAUGAUGGGUGGCACCGGUAAUCUCCAAUGUAGUGGUAUGUCUGAACAUUCAACAUCGAAUAAUACUAAUCCUAACAAUGAUUUACAACGUCAUCAAAUGUAUAUGCAACAACAACACCACCAACAUCAACAACAACAAUCAGAUCCAUAUGCUACCGCAUUAGGCGGCGGCGUCGCCAGCGGUGGCGGUAUAACCAAAGAAUUACUUCAGCAACAACGUCAGCUUAUGCUUGGCUCUCAAUUACACUUACAACAACAACAAGGCGGCGGUGGUCAAUCCUAUAUGACUAAUCAUUCUCUUCACCACCACCAUCCCCCGCAUCAUCAAUCACAUCACUCCUUGUUAUUACCAUCUGUUGGGGCGAGUACAAAUCAUAUGUUCUCUGGACAUAAUAAUAAUAGUAAUAAUAUGGUACCGCCGACAAUGUUUCAUAGUGGUACUCUACCUAGUGGACCACGUUAUUUACGUCAACAAUCGUGUGGUUCACAUUAUUUUGGGGGAGGUGGCAAUGGCGGUGGGAGUCAACAACCACUAGAUAGAAAUAUGAUGAUAAGUCCAACAAAUGCUAUGGAAAUGACUGAAUUGUAUCAUCACCAUCAACAGCAACAGCAACAACAGAAUGGUUACGCUUAUCAACAACCACAACUUCCACCGAUUCCACAUCCACAAUCAUCCUCUGGUCUACCACCGCCUUAUCCAGCACCAAGUAAUACAGGGACUAUCAAUCGACAAAUGAUGGCAAACCAACAACAACAAGGCUAUUAUCCAUCUUCAGUAACACCUAGUGGUACUACUUCGUUGAAACGUGAACCUCCAACUGGCGGUGGAGGUUCCCUACCAGAUGGUUCAGGUUAUGGCACAUUAUUACAACGUGGUGGCCCUUUAACAGCCUCUAUGAUGACUGAUCCAUCGAUUGGUGGUGGUAGUGGUUCUGUUCCACCAAUGAUGAAUGCUGUCUAUUAUCGUGAUAGUCAACAAACAUUACAUAUGUAUCCGAAUGGUGGUAUGAGUACACCUCAAUCAUUACAACAUCAUCAAGGAGGAGGAGGAGGAGGAGGAGGGGAUUUAUCAAUCACAUCAGCAACAACAACAACAGGCGAUGUACAUGCAACAACAACAACAAAUGCAACAAGCACAAAUGUAUCCUGGGUAUUUUAG